AUGAAAAACCAAGAAGACAAUAUGAAAUCAAGCUCAAUUGCUAGGAAGAGUUUUCGAGCAUUAAAAGGACUGAUGAGACUUCAAAGUGUGAUGAAAGGACAAAGCGUUAAGCGUCAAACAAUGAACACAAUGAGAUGCAUGCAAAUGCUAGUGAGAGUACAAUCACAAAUCAGAACAAGGAGGCUUCAGAUGAUGGAAAGCCGAAACAUUCAGCAACACCAGAUGAUGGGUAAAAAUGAGAGGGACAUUGAGAACAGCUUGAACAAGUGGAACUUUGGACAUCAAUUGGAAGCAGAAGGUCAUGAAGGAUGGGAAGAUAGCACACUGACCAAAGAUGAAAUUGAUGUACGAAUGCGAAGAAAGGUCGAGGCAGUCAUUAAGAGGGAGCGAGCAUUGGCAUAUGCUUAUUCCCACCAGUUACUAAAAGUAACACCAAUGUCGGCACAAGCAGUCUUAUCUGACAUCAAGUCCGGUGGCUUCCCAUGGUGGUGGAGCUGGCUCGAGCGCCAAGUAGGAACAACCCAAACUCCUACAUCACGUCCGACUACAGGUCAAGCCACGACGCCAAAAAUAAGCACAAGGUCACUAGCAGAAGCUUAUCCUAGACCAAGUAGCCGGAGCAAGCAAGCUAUAACUGGAAAUGCUAACAUUGAUGCAUCUACACCAAGAUCAUCAAAACCAAUCAAACAAAAGUACACACCAAAUUCUUCAAACAGAUGGCAGAUACAAGGUUUUAAGGACGACGAUAGCCUGACAAGCUGCCCGGCAUUUACCGUGCCAAACUACAUGGUACCGACAGUUUCAGCAAAGGCAAAGGUGAGAGAUGGACCACCAGCAACACCGGAGGGGAAGCGGCGCUUCUCAUUUGGAUUGACUCAAAGCAUUGGAUCAAUAAGAUGGAGCAAGGGAUCAUCAGUCCUCAGUACUAAGGAUUCUGAGUCCAAGAGGAUGUCUGGAAGACAUAGACCCAUGCACUCAAUAGGGAAUUUGAGCAUGGAUUCAACCAUUUCAUUGCCAGUUGGAGUUGGAGGGAGAUCCUUCAGGUAGUGCUUUAAAUAAUUGUGAGCAAUGUCUUUAUUUUAUUUCAUGGUUUCUAUGUGUUGUGCUUUGUUUAUCUGAAUUUGUUGUAACAAAUUGUGAUUUAUGCUAAGGUGUGAUGUGUGACAUUGUUGUUGAACAA